GUUUCAGUUUCCUCAUAUGCACAAUCUGCAGCAGAAGAAUAGAUUCGAGAAAGCAAAGCCGUUCACGCUACACUGUUCACUAUUGCUGUUGGUUCUUGCGUACGCAUUCGCUGGUGGUCUUAUUUUCAAUCGCUUGGAAGCCGAAGCAUUUCAACGUCACCAGCAAGAAGCACGCCAAAGGAAGAUUGAUUGCGUCUUUCAGUUGAUAUCAAGGCUGCCGCCAUUGUCAUUGGGAAGGACUUGGCGGAAUGCGACCGCCAACAGGAUUAACAGCUGCUACGAGCCGGAAAGAGAUGAGCGCAGCGAAUGGUCAUUCGUUACUGCUACACUUUAUGGCUUUGGCAUUGUCACUACUCUUGGCUACAAUCGUAUUGCACCCAUUACCUACGCCGGUCGUCUAUUUUGUAUCGUGUACGGCAUCUGCGGCAUCCCCAUCACGAUGAUCAUAAUUGCAAAUGUUGGACAGUACCUCAACAACUUUGCUGGUGACUCGAGGAGGAGGCUUGAGGCCUACCGCACUCAACGUCGUAUGUCACGAGCUUCACUCUCUGGCAAACAGUACAAGGAAUCAUCGAUUCAAGUCGCCUCUCUCGCCUUGUUGAUUGCCUUUCUCAUUUAUGUAGCAAUGGGUGCUUUACUACUGCCAGCGCUAAACGGAGAGGUCGAUUUUUUCAAUGGGCUUUACUUCAACUUCUUAUGCCUCACUGCAAUAGAUUUUGGCCAACUUGUCCCUACAAGGGUUGCUUUCUUACCUAUCACGUUUUUGUACGUGUGCUUAGGAUUAGCAAUAACAACUAUUGCUAUAGACGUUGGCUCUGAAUAUAUGAAAAAGCUACACUAUCUUGGCAAGAAGAUGAAAAAUGCGGCCUCCACAAAAAUAUGGUUUGGCGGGAAAACGCUCAAAGUUCGCGACCUACUCCACGCUGUCGGAAAAAAAUGUGGAGUUGAGGCGAGCAUGAUAGAUGCUUUGGAUCUUGAAAAUGUUGUUGAACGUACCAUUGCCAUGCAGGAAGGUCGAGAACCACCCGAGGACACUAAUGAGGAGCUGGAUCAGAAGUCCGAUUCAGGAACUCAUACUUCACCUUCCCCUGAUAGGCAGCAGAGCGAACAGACUUCGUCAGAAGGAAGCCCAUUCCUGUCUGUUCGGUCGCCACCUCACACGUCCAUGAAGGGUGAUUUGGUCAUCAGGAAUCCGAUCUUCCAAUCGCUUUCGAACGAAAUGCCAACGUACUCGCCCCCAGUAGUUGAGCAGGUAUUUGGACCACCUGCAGAAGUGUGCCAUAUAGAGGUGCCUGAGAACGUCAGUGAUGAAGAAGUGGAAGAGCAGCAAAUAAUUAUAAUUGAACCGCCAGCUGCUCUUGAGGAUAUUCAGCAUGUAGAGCCGUCCUCCAUAGUACCGAUUAUUUUGGCGGAGCCUGAGGCGUCCUCGCCCAGCAACUCACGCAACCAGUCACGAACAGUCAGUCCUGAUGAGCGAGUCCCAAAGAAAUUCAAAGAGAAGAAGGAAAUGUAUGGCCGAGACCCAAGAAAACUGUUCGAAACUUAUCAAGAGGAAUGGGAUCGUUUGGAGAGGCUUUCUGAUAAACGACAUGGCCCUCGUCGAAAAUCCGUCCUUAACCUUCACGACUACCAUGAGAGCCGUCCCGCGUCCGCAUCGCCUUCGAUGAAUGCUCUUUAUCGAACAUGAUCUCCAGGAGAAAUCUCAUAGUCAGAG